AUGAACUUUGCUCCCUACCAGGACGAAUCGCCCGAGGUAGAGCGAGCCCUCUCUCCUUCGCUCGGGGACGCUCAACGCUCCAAAUCUUCCAAUGUCGGGUCCCCUCGCGCUUCACCCCCGAUUCCGGGUUUCUCGUCGGCUGGACUUCCCUCCCCUACACAGUUUGCAGGCGCAGGCGCAGGUCACGUCGAGACCGGUGGAUAUGGAAAUACUGCUCCUGGACGAGACGUGGAAGGAGGACGAUGGAAUCUGGGCGCCUUCGAAACGAGUCUGCCCAUCCGGAUGGAUUUCGAAGCUAUGCUGGCAUACUUACUUCUGCCUCCGGCGGGGGGUGUUUUCCUUCUACUGGUAGAGCAUAAGAGUGACUACGUUCGGUUCCACGCAUGGCAAUCGAGCAUGCUAUUUACUGCCAUGUUUAUCAUCCACCUUAUUUUUUCAUGGUCGAGCUUCCUCUCGUGGAUUUUGCUCAUUUGCGAUCUGGUGUUGAUUGGGCUUCUAAGCAUGCGCGCCUAUCGCGAUGUUGAUACCCUUGAACAUUACGAAGUUCCCAUCUUUGGCCGUCUCGCAAACUCUUUUGUGGAUGAUGAAUGA